GUUGAACUAGAUUUUGAAUUAAUUAAUAAGUCAGUCAACAAACUAUAAAAAUACCAAGAAUUGAUUUUGGAUCAUCAGUAGUACCAUAACCGAGUUAUAGUCAAAGUUGAAAAAUGAGUAAAAUUGUGCCAAUUCUUUUUGUGGCCAUGGUCGUGGCAAUUGUCUUUGUCAGUGCUAAUCCAGUGCCAGAAGCAGCUCCAGAGCCACAUUUUGGUCUUUUUGGGCUUGGAGGCUACGGAGGUUACGGCCGUUUUGGUGGAUUUAGAAGAUAUGGCGGUUACGGAUACGGUGGUGGAUAUUAUCCAUACGGCGGAUAUGGAGGAUAUGGAUACUUUUAAGUGUCAUCACUAGUCAUCAGUAA